AUGCAUCAUCCUCCAUACUUGCUGCUUUUCAUUUGGUGUUCCUCUGUGGUUCUGCUUCUGGUCUCUGUGGUUCUGCUGGUUCUGGUUCUGGUCCUGGUGGUCUCGGUGGUUCUGGUGAUGGAGCGAGGUGAGAGUCUGCAGGAUCAGCUCAGAUGUCCCGUCUGUCUCGACGUCUUCACGGAACCUCUGAUGUUACUCUGUGGACACUCCUACUGCAGGUGUUGUGUGCGCUCCAUGACGAUGGACCUGCUGGGUCAGCUGACGUGUCCCAUGUGUCGCUGUGCCGUGGACGGAGACAGUCCUCGUCCCAACGUCAGCCUGGCUCGCAUCAUCGAGGCUCUGCAGGAAGUGAGUGUUUCAGGCGGAGAGAAGGUGAUGUCAUGUCCUCAGCACCACAACCCGCUCAGCCUUUACUGCGAGGACGAACGCACCGUGAUCUGUGGCCUCUGUGGAAGCAUCGGGGCGCACCGCGGACACAAAAUCACUCCGGUUAGCUCCGUCUACAGCCGCAUGAAGGAGGACAUUUCCUGUCUGAUGACUGACUUCCAGCAUCAGAAACGUAAACUGGAGGAUCAGAUCUGUAAAAUGGCGUACAACAAAUCCAGGAUCACUAACGAGUCUGACGUGUUGAAGUGGGUGGUGAGGAAGGAGUUUGGCGAGCUGCGGCGCUGGCUGGAGGAGGAGGAGGCGGGGUUUAUCCAGGAAGUGGAGACGUCAGCCGCCGUCCUCAUCUCGUCCCUCCAGAACCAGACGGACCAGUUAAACCAGAACCAGAACCAGCUGCAGGACGCCCAGAAGAUCCUGCAAGACCUGAGCAACGAGGGACACCUGGACUUUAUCACGAAGUACGGAUCAAUUGCUCCGAGGUUCAGAGAGCUUCAGCAGCUCCAGCAGAAGGAGGAGAGAAGAUUCAGCUCGGUAAACUUUAUAACUGGUUUCAACCACAACGACAUCAAACUCACCGUGUGGAAGAGAUUACACCGAAAAAUCCUGCCAGCACCAGAGCAGUUGAAGCUGGAUCCUCAGACUGCUCACCCGAUGUUGGAGCUCCAUCUUGGGGACACGGUGGUGAGCUGCGGGGCUCUGCUGCGGAGGCUUCCUGAUAAUCCCGAGCGGUUCAGUAUCAGUUACUGUGUCCUGGCCACCCGAGGCUUCUCCUCCGGGAAACACUACUGGGAGGUGGAGGUCGGUACAAAACCUAAAUGGCGCCUGGGUUUGAUCAAAGGAACCACUAACCGUAAGGUGAAGCUGGGGAAGAGUCCAGAGAGUGGAGUGUGGAUGAUUGGACUGAAGGAUGGCGUUUAUGAAGCCUUCCUGUCACCCCGGGUGGUUCUUCCGCUGGUGUGUCCCCCCCGCCGGCUGGGACUGUUCCUGGACUACGAGAACAGACGUCUGACCUUCUUCAACAGCGACAGUCCUGACGAGCUGGGCUUCAUCUACAGCUUCAGCCUGGAGCUGCAGGGGAAGGUCUUCCCCCUGCUGGACGUCUGCUGGCAUUACAGGGGAGACAACAAACACCCCCUGGUCCUCCCCCAGCCUGGCAGGGACCACCUGCCCCCUCACCCAGCCCCAGACCCCCAGCCUGGCAGGGACCACCUGCCCCCUCACCCAGCCCCAGACCCCCAGCCUGGCAGGGACCACCUGCCCCCUCAUCCAGCCCCAGACACAUCACACAUGUAAUCACUCAGAAACACAACCAAUGCAAAAGCACAAAGACAGUUCACACAGAGGAUCAAUAUUAUUGGUUGUUGACAUUUACUACUGUCCCAUUGGCUGAUAAUUGUUGUAAUAGGGUAACAUUUUUAACCAGGACUCUAAGUGACUAAUGGGAACAACAAUCAUCACUCUGAUUUGGUUGAAAUAAACCCUUAAUUCACCCAUUUACAUGUGGAAAUAUGUUAGCUCUAUACACGCUAAAAGUCCUGAUUAUUUACAUGGAGUCUGGUGGGUGAUUUUUGUAGUUAUUUCUGAAUCUAUUAUCUUUCUUAUUGGAUUAAGAACAUCUGAACAGUUGAAACAAACAUAAUAAAACAUGCGAACUUA